GUCGUGCUCCAGAUACCUAGGUACCUAGGUACCUGGGCACAGCGGAUCUCGCCCCAGGUUCUGAGACCCCUGGACCCCGGCACGCCCCACUUAAACUUAAUGGAGUCGCGUCGCGGUACGCGUUGAGUGCUUGCUACUCUUGGGCGAGGGAGCUUCCAACGAAUGCACCCUCAUCAACUCCAGGUCCUCGUCUCAUGCACUCUUUUUCUGGUGGAACAAGACGUUAUUGACAGCGGCCAGCACCUUGGCUCUCCUCGUCCCGUCUGUUAGGUCUCUGAUACGCUCAACAUGUCUUCCCGACCAGAGUUGAAGGUCGAUGACGAGCACGGCUUCAUCCGGUUUUUCAAGUCCCUUCCCACAGUAAGCGAUGAGACUGUCCGAAUAUUCGACAGGGGCGACUGGUACACCGCGCACGGCGAAGAUGCCAACUUCAUAGCGCGAACCGUCUACAAGACCACCUCCGUGGUCCGCCAGCUGGGAAAGAAUGACCAGACUGGCCUGGCAUCAGUGACGAUGACCGUCACAGUCUUCCGGCAAUUCCUCCGGGAAGCACUGUUCAAGCUGGGCAAGCGUGUGGAAAUCUGGGCAAGUCCUGGCAGCCGCAUGAACUGGAAGAUCGCCAAACAAGCCUCACCAGGAAAUCUGCAGGAUGUGGAGGAGGAUCUGGGAGGCCAAUUCGACGGUGCGCCCAUGAUCAUGGCCGUCAAGUUCUCCGCCAAGGCCAGCGAGGCAAGAAGCGUCGGUGUGUGCUUCGCCGACGCCAGUGUCCGCGAGCUGGGAGUCAGCGAGUUCCUCGACAACGACCUGUACUCCAAUUUCGAGGCUCUCCUGAUCCAGCUCGGAGUGAAGGAGUGCUUGAUACAGUUCGACAAGGGCGACAAGGACAAGGACCCCGAGCUGGCCAAGUUGAAGCAAAUCAUCAACAACUGUGGCAUUGCAAUGUCAGAGCGGUCUGCGGCCGACUUUGGAACCAAGGACAUUGAGCAGGACCUGGCAAGAAUACUAAAAGACGACCGCUCCGCAUCCAUGUUGCCACAGACAGAAUUAAAGCUGGCCAUGGGAUCUGCCGCCGCGCUCAUCAAAUACCUCAAUGUGCUCCAGGACCCCUCCAACUUUGGACAAUACCAGCUUUAUCAGCACGACCUGUCGCAGUUCAUGAAGUUAGAUGCUGCUGCCCUAAAGGCACUGAACCUGAUGCCCGGGGCGCGAGACGGCGCCAAGACGAUGAGCCUGUAUGGGCUCUUGAACCACUGCAAAACGCCAGUGGGCAGCCGGCUUCUGUCCCAAUGGCUCAAGCAGCCUCUCAUGAGCAAGGAUGAGAUCGAGAAGCGCCAGCAGCUCGUCGAGGCCUUCGUCAGCGACACUGAGCUUCGCCAGACAAUGCAGGAGGAGCACCUCAGGUCUGUACCUGACCUGUACCGACUGGCAAAGAAGCUGCAGCGGAACAAGGCCAACCUCGAAGAUGUCGUGAGAGCAUAUCAGGUGGUAAUUCGCCUGCCGGGGUUAAUUGGCACGUUCGAAGGAGUGAUGGAUGAGGCGUAUCGCGACCCCCUGGACGCCGCCUACACCACCAAACUGCGUGAGCUGUCCGAUAGUCUCGUCAAGCUCCAGGAGAUGGUGGAGACAACGGUGGACCUUGAUGCGAUGGAUCAGCAUGAAUUCAAGAUCAAGCCCGAGUUCGACGACAACCUCCGUGUCAUAAGCAAGAAGCUGGAGCUUCUGCGACGUGACAUGAACAAGGAAUUCGUGGACGCGGCGAACGACCUCGGCCAAGAGCAGGACAAGAAGAUCUUCCUCGAGAGCCACAAAGUCCACGGAUGGUGCCUGCGGCUGACCCGGGCUGAGGCGGGAUGCAUCCGCAACAGAAAAGAGUACAAGGAGUGCUCAACACAGAAGAACGGCGUCUACUUCACCACCAACAACCUUCUGAGCAUCCGUCGCGAGUUCGACCAGUUAUCGCAGAACUACAACCGGACCCAGAGCGGCCUGGUCAACGAGGUUGUCAGCGUCGCGGCGUCAUACUGCCCGGUCCUCGAGAGACUUGCGGGCGUCCUCGCACAUUUGGACGUCAUUGUCUCCUUUGCCCACUGCUCUGUGCACGCUCCCAUCUCGUAUGUACGGCCCACGGUCCACGAGCGCGGGCAGGGUCAGACGAUCCUCAAGGAGGCCCGCCAUCCGUGCAUGGAGAUGCAGGACGAUGUGCAGUUCAUCACCAACGACGUGGAGCUUACACGGGACAAGUCAUCGUUCUUGAUCAUCACGGGACCAAACAUGGGCGGCAAGUCCACAUACAUCCGCCAGAUCGGCGUGAUUGCCCUGAUGGCACAAGUGGGCUGCUUCGUGCCGUGCAGCGAGGCGGAGCUGACGCUCUUCGACUCCAUCCUCGCACGCGUGGGCGCGAGCGACUCCCAGCUAAAGGGCGUCUCGACCUUCAUGGCCGAGAUGCUGGAGACGGCAAACAUCCUCAAGUCGGCGACGGCCGAGUCCCUGAUCAUCAUUGACGAGCUGGGCCGUGGCACCUCGACCUACGACGGGUUCGGGCUGGCAUGGGCGAUAUCCGAACACAUUGUCAAGGAGAUUGGCUGCUUCGCCUUGUUCGCAACGCACUUCCACGAGCUCACGGCGCUCGCGGAGCAGUACCCCCAGGUCACGAACCUGCACGUCACAGCGCACAUCAGUGGCACGGGCGCAGACAAGGACAGCAAGAGGGAGGUUACGCUGCUGUACAAGGUCGAGCCGGGCAUCUGCGACCAGAGCUUCGGUAUCCACGUGGCGGAGCUGGUGCGCUUCCCGGACAAGGUGGUCCGCAUGGCAAAGCGCAAGGCGGACGAGCUAGAGGAUUUCACGACCAAGCAUGAGGAGGGCACCGUGGGCAAGUACAGCAAGCAGGACGUGGAGGAGGGCAGCGCGUUGCUGAAGGAAGUGCUUGUGCGCUGGAGGGAGCAGGUCCAAGGCGGGGAGAUGAGCAAGGACGAGAUGGUGGCCAAGCUGAGAGAGCUGGUCAAGGCCGAUGCAAGGCUGACCAGCAACCCGUUUUUCGAGAGCGUCCAGGCCUUGUGAGGCCGAUCCACCUGGCAGAUGAGAUGCUGGAGUGCUGUAUUCUGAUGGGACAUGGAUGGAAAGACGUCAUGUCUGGUCCUGGCGUUUGGAGGCUUGUGGGGAAUUAUCUCAUCCCCUGUACGGGGGAGGAGCUUCGCAAUGGGAACAUCAAUCUGCCUGUACUCCGCAGCGCCCGGAACAGCAAGUGUGAAAUAACCAACACGUUGUGUUGGGAUGAGAUUCCGCAGGGCUCCGCGCUUCCGUGGUGUAAUUUGGAGGGGCGCGGAGCGAGUCAGUGGAAAGAGGCGGGCUGGCGGGUAGGUUUGGACUCGAAACAACGUCUUGACAACUAGAGUGCACCAUCAUGCGCUUCUUCUUCUUUCAA